CUCUUUGCUGGGUUUUUUCGCAGUUCCGGUGAUCGGGAUUAUACUGAGAUUGUUGUUGUUCGUCAUGGAGAAACAUCUUGGAAUGCAGAGAGAAAAAUCCAGGGUCAUUUGGAUGUUGAGCUAAACGAUGCAGGAAGACAACAAGCAGUGAAAGUAUUUCUGAUCAAAAUUGUCUUUAUAGAGAUUGAGCUGUACAUAAUGUUGAUGCAGGUACUUACUGAUCGUGAUCUACGGGAGAGACAUUUAGGGGAUAUGCAAGGUCUUGUGUAUCAAGAAGCUUCCAAAAUUCGUCCUGAAGCUUACAAGGCCUUUUCAUCUAACCGCACAGACGUUGAUAUUCCGGGUGGAGGAGAAAGUCUUGACAAACUUUAUGAUAGAUGUACAUCUGCGUUACAGAGAAUCGGCGACAAACAUAAAGGUGAGAGAGUGGUAGUAGUGACACAUGGAGGUGUGAUUCGAUCACUCCACGAAAGAGCUCGUCCAAGUGCACGAAAAGUUGAAAAGAUUCUCAAUACAUCGGUUAAUGUGUUCCGUUUAUUCGACGGAGACAAAUGGACAAUCCAAGUUUGGGGAGAUGUGACUCAUUUGGACCAAACCGGUUUCUUACAAUCCGGUUUUGGUGGUGACAGAACCUCUGGUUAG